AUGGCUAUCCAGCAUAUCCUCCUCAUCGCCUUCGUGGCUUCCAUCCUCUAUGAUGUCUCCUACGCAACAACAGCAUAUGAUGUUCUAGAGCAAAACAACUUGCCACGGGGCCUCCUCCCGCAGGGGGUGCAGUCAUACAAACUCCACGACGGCGGUCUGGAGGUGACCCUCCCAAACGUGUGCGACUUCUCCGUCUCGGUCGCUGGCAAGCAAUAUAAGUUUCGGUACGGCAUAAGCGUCGGCGGAGCUAUCCAGUCCGGAUCCAUAACCCAAGUGUACGGCGUGAGGGUGCAGGUGGAGUUUGCAUGGCUUAGGUUCAACAAGGUUGAGCGUGCCGGUGACCAGCUCAACCUCCAACUCGAGACAUCCAUCGUAUCGUUCCCGGUCAGUGCCUUCGCACAGAGCCCGAAAUGCAACUGA